AACGUGCAUUUUUACUUAAAGAAUCUUUAGAUGAAAUAAUUAUACUUGAACGUGAUCUGAAAGAAUUUACUAUUUCAUCUGAAGAAUGGGAAUUAAUUAAACAAUUAUGUUGUGUAUUAGAAAUUUUUAAUAAAGCUACUAAACAUAUGUCACAAUCACAAUAUAUUACACUUUCAUCAUCUAUUCCUAUUUAUAAUGUGUUACUUGAUCAUCUUGAAAAACUUUUAGAUGUUAAAAGUAAUAAUUAUUGUCAUUAUUCAGAAAUACGUACUGCUGUAAAAAAAGGAUAUGAAAAACUAAAAAAAUAUUAUAUUAAAACAGACAAAUCAUAUGUUUAUCCAGUAGCAACUA